AUGAUCAUCCACCACCACCCACAGACACCCCAGAGACCACAGACACCCCAGAGACAACAGAGACCACAGAGACCCAGAGACCACAGACACCCCAGAGACCCACAGAGACCACAGACACCCCAGACAACAGAGACCACAGAGACCCCAGAGACCACAGACACCCCAGAGACAACAGAGACCACAGAGUCCCCAGAGAUCACAGAGACCACAGAGACCCCAGAGACCACAGACCCCAGAGACAACAGAGACCACAGAGUCCCCAGAGAUCACAGAGACCACAGAGACCCCAGAGACCACAGACACCCCAGAGACCCACAGAGACCAGACACCCCAGAGACCACCAGAGACCCCAGAGACCAGACACCCCAGAGACAACAGAGACCACAGAGAUCAGAGACCCCAGAGACCAGACACAGAGACCCACAGAAGAGGAGAGAGGAGACCCAGACAACAGAGACCAGAGACCCCAGAGACCACAGACACCCCAGAGACAACAGGACUCCAGAGACCACAGACACCCCAGACCCACCAGAGACACUCAGAGACCCCAGAGACAACAGAGACCACAGAGUCCCCAGAGAUCACAGAGACCAGAGACCCACAGAGACACCCCAGAGACAACAGAGACCCACACCUGAGACCCACAGAGACCCCAGAGACCACAGAAACCCCAGAGACAACUGA